GGAGGGCCCUGGGUUAGAGUCUGGGCGUGGACGCGCCCCUCAUAGGGGUCAUUGGGGCAUAGAGGCAUAGAGCCGGCUUCUCCAGCUUGGACCUGCCGCUGGGACACCUUGCUGGGAGUUUGGAACCUGUGCCUUUGGGGUCCUGCCUGGGCUGCAGCACCAGCUUGGCUUGAGGAAGGUCCCUGGUCUCCAGAAGCAGCAGUGACUGCUUAGGGAUGCUCACCCAACAGCCGCUUUCUCUGGGCAGCCUUUGUGCUCCCAUAGGGGAUUCACGUGUUUUUCAAGGGCUAACGGAAAUGCUGAGAUCUAAAAGCAUGUUUAUUGCUGCCAAGGCCUGACAAUGAAACUUCAAGUUAAAUUACGUGUUUUCCUCCCCCUUCUCCCAUCCUUCCUUACCCAUCCUCUCUCUUGAUCUCUCCAUACUUCCUCGCCACUCCUUUCCCUUUCCUCCUCCUCCCCAUCCCAACCCCUCAUCCUCCCUGUCUCUGCCUGUAGGGAGGAAGCUGUGGGGUGACCACCAGGUGGAAGACAGACAUGCGAAGGGAGAGGUGUCUGCAGUAGCAGGGAUGAGGUGCCUGUGUCCCACACUCUGCCCUGGCCUCUGACACUGGUUCCUGGGCCGGGGACAUCAGCUUCGGGCUGCCGGCUCACUCGGCUGCUGCGUCUGGUCUGGCGUCUGCCGAGAAGAUCCUCUUCUACCCUGCUCUGCACCUGUGCUCAACUGCCGGCCGGCUGAGGGCGGGGGUCUCCACGGUGGUCCCAGCUCCCACGGAGGUUGCAGAGGUACUGUACAGACAGUGGAUUUGCAGGGCAGUGGCAUGGAGCCCCUCUUCCCCGCCCCAUUCUGGGAGGUUAUCUACGGCAGCCACCUUCAGGGCAACCUGUCCCUCCUGAGCCCCAACCACAGUCUGCUGCCCCCGCAUCUGCUGCUCAAUGCCAGCCACAGCGCCUUCCUGCCCCUCGGGCUCAAGGUCACCAUCGUGGGGCUCUACCUGGCCGUGUGUGUCGGAGGGCUCCUGGGGAACUGCCUUGUCAUGUACGUCAUCCUCAGGCACACCAAAAUGAAGACAGCCACCAAUAUUUACAUCUUUAACCUGGCCCUGGCCGACACUCUGGUCCUGCUGACGCUGCCCUUCCAGGGCACGGACAUCCUCCUGGGCUUCUGGCCGUUUGGGAAUGCGCUGUGCAAGACAGUCAUUGCCAUUGACUACUACAACAUGUUCACCAGCACCUUCACCCUGACUGCCAUGAGUGUGGAUCGCUAUGUAGCCAUCUGCCACCCCAUCCGUGCCCUCGACGUCCGCACGUCCAGCAAAGCCCAGGCUGUCAAUGUGGCCAUCUGGGCCCUGGCCUCUGUGGUCGGUGUUCCCGUUGCCAUCAUGGGCUCGGCACAGGUCGAGGAUGAAGAGAUCGAGUGCCUGGUGGAGAUCCCCAGCCCUCAGGACUACUGGGGCCCUGUGUUUGCCGCCUGCAUCUUCCUCUUCUCCUUCAUCCUACCCGUGCUCGUCAUCUCUGUCUGCUACAGCCUCAUGAUCCGGCGGCUCCGUGGAGUCCGCCUGCUCUCGGGCUCCCGAGAGAAGGACCGGAACCUGCGGCGCAUCACUCGGCUGGUGCUGGUGGUGGUGGCUGUGUUCGUGGGCUGCUGGACGCCUGUCCAGGUCUUCGUGCUGGUCCAAGGGCUGGGGGUUCAGCCGGGCAGCGAGACUGCGGUGGCCAUUCUGCGCUUCUGCACGGCCCUGGGCUACGUCAACAGCUGCCUCAACCCCAUCCUCUACGCCUUCCUGGAUGAGAACUUCAAGGCCUGCUUCCGCAAGUUCUGCUGUGCAUCUGCCCUGCGCCGGGACGUGCAGGUGUCUGACCGCGUGCGCAGCAUUGCCAAGGACGUGGCCCUGGCCUGCAAGACCUCCGAGACGGUACCGCGGCCUGCAUGACUAGGCGUGGACCUGCCCAUGGUGCCUGUCAGCCCGCAGAGCCCAUCUACGCCCAACACAGAGCUCACACAGGUCACUGCUCUCUAGGCGGACACACCCUGGGCCCUGAGCAUCCAGAGCCUGGGAUGGGCUUUUCUCUGUGGGCCAGGGACGCUCGGUCCCAGAGGAGGACCUAGUGACAUCAUGGGACAGGUCAAAGCAUUAGGGCCACCUCCAUGGCCCCAGACAGACUAAAGCUGCCCUCCUGGUGCAGGGCUGAGGGGACACAAGGACCUACCUGGAAGCAGCUGACAUGCUGGUGGACGGCCGUGACUGGAGCCCAUGCCCCUCCCUCCCCGCGCUUCAUGUGACUCUUGGCCUCUCUGCUGCUGCGUUGGCAGAACCCUGGGUGGGCAGGCACCCGGAGGAGGAGCAGCAGCUGUGUCAUCCUGUGCCCCCCAUGUGCUGUGUGCUGUUUGCAUGGCAGGGCUCCAGCUGCCUUCAGCCCUGUGACGUCUCCUCAGGGCAGCUGGACAGGCUUGGCGCUGCCCGGGAAGUGCAGCAGGCAGCUUUUCUUUGGGGUGGGACUUGCCCUGAGCUUGGAGCUGCCACCUGGAGGACUUGCCUGUUCUGACUCCACCUGUGCAGCCGGGGCCACCCCAGGAGAGUGUCCAGGUGGGCUGGCAGUCCCUGGCUGCAGACCCCGAGCUGGCCCUGGGCCAGCCGCACCUCUGAAGGUUUUCUGUGUGCUGCACUGUGCAGGCCUCAUCCCUGACUGCAGCUUGACUCUGGGCCCAACCCCCAUUUCCCUUCAGGAGACCAACGAGAGGCCCUGGCCCAUUCCCUCCAGCGGUGCAAUGAACUAUCAUGCUGUGGACCGUCAACCGAGCCCUGCUUCCCAGUGUGGGGCAGGUGUCUCAGGACGAAGGUGCCGCGUGACCACAUGGGCAGCUCUGUUGUUCACAAAGUGGAGGCCUCGUUUUCCUGGUCUUGACUGCUCUGUUUGGGUGGGAGAAGAUUCUCUGGGGGUCCCCACAUCCUCCCAAGGCUCCCCUCACAACCUCUCCUUUGCUUGAAGCCAGAGGUCAGCGGCCGUGCUGUGUUGCGGGGGAAGCUGUGUGGAAGGAGAAGCCGGUGGCCACAGCAGAGUCCUGCUCUGGGGACGCCUGCUUCAUUUACAAGCCUCAAGAUGGCUCUGUGUAGGGCCUGAGCUUGCUGCCCAACGGGAGGAUGGCUUCACAGCAGAGCCAGCGUGAGGGGUGGGGCCUGGCAGGGCUUGCUUGAGCCAAACUGCAAAGGCUGUGGUGGCUGUGAGGACACUGCGGGGGUGGGGGGCGUCUGUACCUCAGGGGAUGCUCCGCUGUGGUCACCCAGAGAAUCACCCUUCCUGGUCUACAGAUGGAAGCUGCAGGUUGGUGACUUUGCAAAUGCACUUCCUACAGAUGAACUAUUAAAAGACCUGCAACAUUGAAAAAACUCAUUUUUUCCACCAAAACCUUGGCCAGGUAACCUACCUUAGGCACCUGCAAAGAACAGGAAGUGAUGGCUGUCUCGCAACAGAGCCUGGGCUGCUCCUCCUGCUCUGGGGAGUCUAGGCCGUGGGGACUGUUCUGGGGAGGCCCAUGCUGUCUCCAUGACGUCUGUGGCAGGAGUCCCUGAGGACGGGAGCUGCCUAGCUACAGUUUUCUUGCCAAGGCGAGGUGUUUUGUGAAUCUGUGCUGAUGUAAUGUGCACCUUCACGUAUUUAUGCAUGUGGCAAGCGUUACUUCCUGUGCACGUAGCCAGCCCUGGGUCUGUCUCUGGGGUAAUGAAAAAGGACCCUAAUAAACACCUGCUCACCGGCUGGGUAUUCUUCGUAA